ACAAUUGUUGGCUGUUCCCCUCUUCUCUCGAGCUUGUCCAGCCGUCCGAGGAGCCCCACGAGAGACAACAGCAAGGCUAUCGACGGUGAUACACAACAAUGGCCGAAGCCGCAGCUCCCCCAGCCCCUGCGCCUGCCGCAGAGACGAAGACGUUGACAGACGAGGAGAAGGACGAGGUAAUGCAGAAGGCUGCCAAGCAAGUCUCCUUCUACUUUGCGGACGCCAACUUGCCCUAUGACAAGUUCAUGUGGUCAAUGUACAACAAGAAUCCCGAGCACUGGGUCCCCCUCUCCACCAUCACCUCCUUCAAGCGCAUGCGCGAACACACCGCAGCCCUCGGGGGCGCCGCGGGCGUCGCGGACGCCAUCCAGAAGUACGCCCCCGAUCUCAAGCUGAACGACGCGGGCGACCAGGUCACACGCACCACCGAGCUCAAGCAGGAGGACAACAGCGCGAUGGGGAGGAGUAUUUACGCAAAAGGCUUCGGGGAGCAGACGCCGACGCUGCAGCAGGAGCUGGAGAAGUACUUCCAGCAGUACGGCCCGACGAACGUCGUGCGCAUGCGGAGGGACGACGCGAAGAAGUUCAAGGGCUCCGUCUUUGUAGAGUUCAAGGACCUCGCGUCCGUAGACAAGUUCCUCAAGGCCGAUCCGAAGCCGCAGUGGAACGGCACGGAGCUCCUCAUCAUGUCCAAACAAGCCUACUGCGACAUGAAGAUCAAAGAAAAAGGCAUCGACCCCUCCAAAGCGUACAACUUCAACGCCUUCAACAAGCGCGAGCGCGCCGAGCGCAAGCCCAAGGCCGCGGACGCGAUGGACGAGGACGCGGUCGUCGGGCGCGACGUCUUCCUCGAGUUUAUGGGGCAGAAGCUGCUGAUCAAGAAGGACGCGGCGGGCGAGGGGUACGUGGAGGAGGCGGAGCUGGAGUACGGGGAGAAGCAGAAGAACUCGACGCUGAAGUUCUCGGGCGUCGGGGGCGAUAUGGGCCCGUGGAACGCGGUGAAGGAGCCCCUACGGGAAGCCUUCGCCCGCGCGCCCUUCAUCAAGUUCGAGAAGGACCAGGACAGCGGGCUCGUCGGCUUCAGCAACCCCCUCUCGGACGCGGACGUGCAAAAAGUCCGGGAGCUCCUCCCGAAGCUCAACGACAAGCCGGUCACUUGGGAGCGUGCGGGUGAGGAAGAAGAGAGGAAAUUCCUCGUCGAGCGCGCCCAGGCCGCCGCAAAAAGCGCGCUCGCCGCCGCCUCCGGGCAGCGCAGGUCGAACGACCGCGGUCGUGGCCGGGGGCGCGGGCGCGGCGGGCGCGGUGGCCGUGGUGGCCGUGGGCGCGGCGGCGGGCGCGGGCCGCGCGACGUCAAGAUGUCCUCGCCCGGCGGCUCGCCGAAGGACGCGGAGAUGGGGGACGCUGCAGCGGGUACAUCGGCGACGGACGCGGGCGCGACGACGGGCGAGAAGCGCAAGCGUGCGAUCGAGCCAGACGGCGGGCCGGAUGUGGGGCAGCGCGGGGAGGAGGUGCGCGCGCCGCCGAUGGUGGCUGCGAGUAGCACGGGCGGGAACAAGGCGGCGAAGGUCGAUGGGGCGUAGGAGGUUGGGUGUAUGAGACACGGGGAGGUGUGUCGCUCUAUCGCGUCGAUCUAGCGGUUCGGGUUAUUGCUUCUGGUUUACAGACGCUCACGCUACCAAAAUGUACAGUAUAUGCCCUUGUACAAUAUACAUAGCUGUUGUAUCUGCUGUCUGGUGCGCUAGCUUUUGGCGCUCGGCACAGAACACAGGCGAGUGGACGCAGCGCUUGCCGCUGCUGCGAUGGACCCGGAAAGCAGGCACUCAUGGAUGAAUAAUGAUAGGCGCUCAUAGGUUCGGAG